UUACUACCUCUCAUUGGUAAUCUCGGUUGUACCUACCUGUUCGGCUCUGCACGCUACUUAGACAAUUACAAUAUUGGGUUUUGCAGUACACUACCCAUGUGUCAAUCGUGCCCUAGAAGCUUAUCCAUAUCUUUGGAACAUAUCACAUUUAACCAGAUCUGUAAUAAGUAA